AAUGUUACAUUGAGUAUAUGCGACGAGGUUAGGUCCCAAAUCAAGCGAAAUGGCCCGAAAGAAGAAGCGUGAGCGAAGGGAUGGAAAUAUGAAACAUAUAAACUGUAUGGAAACAGACGGCUUAGCUGCAGUCAUUGAUAAGCAGAUAAAUAAUAAAAUGCUCGGAGUUGUAGAGUUAAAAGAUCCUCCUACUCAGAUCAAAGAAAUCGACUUUCUUAAGCAAUUGAAUAUCGUCUCUACCUUCAGUACUGAUUUUUUGGACUUCAGAUCGCUCUACACAGACAAAUCUAAAUGUUUUAGAGAGGUGUCUCCAGACAAAGCACGCAACUGGUUUCCGACUAAUGAAUGGAAUAGCUUGAAGAAAUGGAAUUUUUACUCAGCACAUACAAUGACCCAUGGGCAAGUCAGAGUGCAACAUGGGGGCCAACUGUUCCAUUAUCGCUGGGUGUUACGUAAGGGUGGAGAUUCGUCGCUAGAUAUUUUAGCGGACAAAGGUGACACUGUGCAAGAGGCGAUGUGCGCAAGGCUGAUUGCUUUUUGUAUGGGCGAGAGGGCUCUAGCCAGGUUUCUGUUUGAGAAUUACCUACACUUCAUUUACAACGCUUCAUUUUACUCAGCACAUACAAUGACCCAUGGGCAAGUCAGAGUGCAACAUGGGGGCCAACUGUUCCAUUAUCGCUGGGUGUUACGUAAAGGUGGAGAUUCGUCGCUAGAUAUUUUAGCGGACAAAGGUGACACUGUACAAGAGGCGAUGUGCGCAAGGCUGAUUGCUUUUUGUAUGGGCGAGAGGGCUCUAGCCAGGUUUCUGUUUGAGAAUUAUCUACACUUCAUUUACAAAGUGGCGAAGAAAAAAAGAAAUCCAAUCCUUCUGUAUGAGCCACCACAGAAUAUACAUCAGCUCAUUCAAAAGGGACACCUACAUAAGCAGCCCAAACCUCAACUGAGCAGCGAAUAUGGUUCAGAUGUUGAAAUUCGCAAACCCAAAUCGUGCAGCGUGGAAGAGCUUCUCAACUUCAAAGGCAGGAAGAAACGCAAAGCUAGCGAGCUGUGUGUAAAUACAGAGUUGCAAACUAUAGGAGAAUCGAAAACUGAUGAUAAUCCACCGUCUAAUUUGCAGAAACCACAAGAUGCCCUGUUGCACUUAGGAGGCUCAGAUGUGAUUGAAAAUAUUCUUAUUACUCGCAUAAAAUUGCGAGAGAGUUCAGAAGAAGACUCAAAUGAAGAUGAGAGUGAAGACGACGAAGAACUCGACGAAGUCGAUGAAGAGAGAAAUCAAGAAAAGGAAAGGAGAGACGAUAAUGAACCUGAGAUCAAAAAAGAAGUGGAUGUCUGUCUAGAACAGGGAAUCGAGCGAGAACCGGUUCAAGAGGAAAUGAAAUUGGAAUAUCUGUACGAAGCGAUACUUUCUAUCGCAAACAAUAACUGUCUCUACAAAGCAUAUGCUAGCUGCCAGGAGUUGGCGAUCGAAACAGCUGCUUCAGUUGUGAUAAAGAGAAUAUUUGAUAGGGAGAAUUGGGCCGAAUUACUCCUCCAAAGAUACAUGAAUUAUCUCAAUUCAACCCAAUCGAGUAAAAUUCCCAGGCCACAGUUAUUUUCGAGAGUGCAGAAACCACAUGAAGCUGCUGUAGAAGAGCAAGUUGCUGGACCCAAAGUUCAAAUCACAAAAAAACGUCUUCCGUGCCCCCUUGUGGAAUUGAUAACAGCUUGCUCAGCAUUCGAGCCUAAAACCAGGCAUGAGACUUGGCUCAGAGAAAAUUCAGAGGUAUUGUUUUUGGACAGGGAACGAUUUGUGGCUUGUAUGUGUCCUAGUAAAGCUCUCGCAGAGAUGGAGCCGAUAAUGCUGUAUCAGUUUGAUAUAUACAAGUAUCAGAUGGUUGGAGAAAAGAGAUUGGUUUAUGGAUGUGUGAAGAAUACACCCAAGAACUACACCAAACACCAAGCAUACUCGAAUAGUCUGCUGGUGGCAUUUGAGGCUGCAUGUGCUAUGUACUUGAGCAUAGAAUAUUCUAGAAGAGGAGGGAGUGAAAUUGCACGGGAGACACUCUUUAACUUUGAGGUUCUUUUUGGACGAACUUUUAGUUGUUACAAAAAACUGAAAAUCAAAAAGAACGCUAGAGAUUGUUACAAAUACGCAAUGAAAGCUUCAGAGCCUGAUAUUAGAUUGGAGUUGGAAUUAGAACGAGAAGCAUUCGAUCAGACAGUUGCUACUGUGAAUGAGAACCACAGAGUUAAACUAAACAAAUUGUACUCGGUACAGAUUAUGCAACAGUAUCUGUCCGGAAUUGUAGAGCGGAACAUGGUGCGAUACAACACUAGAAUUACCCCUUUGAGGAAAAAACAAACUGAGUAUCUUCAGCCAGACCUUGCUGCUUGGAAUCCAGUAUCAAUUGCGGGAUUUGAAGGGCCGCCAAGAAAAACGAGUUAUCAGAGUCUUUUGGCAGACCAGCUUUUCAUGAAUUGUGAGCCGAAAUUGUUUUUCAUAGAUGGCUCAUUUAUUGUGAACUUAAAAGUUAAUAACUCCAACUACAAUUUCACGGCCAAGUCUGCAAACUCGAUUGAAGAUGCUCUAAUGUUGGCGAGUCAAAGAGCUCAAUGUGCGUUGCAUUCGGACAAAGGAGCUCUCCUAGGCAUGCAGAAGGACUUAAUGUCCAUGUUGCAAUAUCUAGCGGAAAACUGUAACGUGACCCUAGAUGACCUUUCUGCAAGAGUUGACCAUUUGGGACCUGACAGUUUUUCUGCGUGUGUAACUUUCAAAGGAAAGACAGUUCGUUCAUUGGUACAUGAGACCAAAAAUGAAGCUUUACUUAAUGUAGUGUCCCAGUGCUUCGAAGACGCAGUGACCAACCCGAAUGAGUUUUGUAUGAAUCUGAAUCAUUAAUUUUCAGUUUGCUGCCAAAUAUCUACAAUUAUGUUAUGGUACUAUUCAGAAACAAUUUGCAAGCAAUACAAUAGUGCAAUUAAAUUAUUUCUGUCAAGCUAAAUCUGAGUUUAAUGACCUAAUUUUAUCUCAUUUGUCUCAUUUUCAAUCGUUUCGAUGAGAUUUUAUAAAUAACAUAUUCAUCUGGACGUGAUUAUUUAAAAUUUAUAACAAUAGCGUUAAUUAGUUUCCUUUCCUAAUGUACUGUACAGAUAGAUUU